UCGUUCAUAUUCAAAAUUUGAAUGAAAUCGUUAACGCUUCAUUGUCGUGUUUGUUACGAGAGCUGCUUUUCUUUGUGAUAUUCUAGAAAACUCACAAAAGUGCGCAUUUAUUUAUAAACGCAUUGAAAUAAGCAUCGUCCGAGGUUUGUUUAGACGUAUCGGGUUUGGACUAAAAAGGUGAAUUGCGUCUGAAUCGGCAGUUUAAAAUUGUGCCAGCUGUCAUCACCAUGGCGAGAGAAAUAUACUAUUCGGAGAAAUAUUUUGAUGAGGAACACGAAUACAGGCAUGUGGUUCUGCCCAAGGAGAUGGUGAAGCUUGUUCCAAAGAACCACCUGAUGUCAGAGCAGGAGUGGCGCAGUAUUGGUGUGCAGCAGAGCCAAGGAUGGGUGCAUUACAUGACGCAUCAACCUGAGCCUCAUAUCCUGCUAUUCCGACGAAAGAAGGAGAAGAAGUGAAUAAAAGGAGUUGCGGUUUAUUGUAUAGUUCUUAAUUGAUAUUAGGUUGUAAUCUAGAUGUUAUAAAUGUUGCCCAUGAUCAAUGAUGAAUCUCUUGCUCUUAUGGCUUACUUACUGAUGCUCAAAUAUAAUAUUACAUGUUAAAAGAAUUCAAAAUAACUUAGUCAGUAUCUUAACAGUAGCCACAAUUUACAAAAGCAAUGUUCAUAUAUUAUUGUGAAGUCUUUCAAAAUGGUAGAUUUUAUCUCUCUGAUUUAUGGUUAGUAUUAUCAUAUUUUUAUAAUUUGCUGAAUAAUAAUUGCGAUUACCUGAAAUUCCAAUAAAAGUAGAAAUGAAAGUUUUAUAUUUUCUGCAAAUACAUGCAGCAUUAUAAUGAUGCAGUGAAUUACAGUUUGAAUUAAGCUUUUGUAUGUAUCAAGACAAUUUUAAUAAGGAAAUAUCUGUAACAGGCCUAACUAAUGCCUAUUAAUUGAUUCACAAACAUUUUAAUGAUACAUUUUAUAAAUAUUUCAUGUAAUUGUCAAUAUCAAUCAAUCAACAGUUACUUUUAGAGAAUUUUAACAUUUCAUAUUGUAUUUGUUUUGUCAUCACAUUAUUGUAGGGUUGUUUUUAAUAAUAAAAUGUUAUUUGUUGUCUGGAACUAGCAUAUAACACUGUAUCAUAGUAUACCGUCAUUUUUUUAAGGGCUUUACUGAUCUUCAUUCCAUAUUAAUAAGUUUUUAAGAAGCAUGGAUUUAGAACUGUAUUCUCUUGUAUAAAUUAUAUAAUUAAUAGGCAAACUUAAAAAAAAAGAUGUUUAAAUUGUCACUAUGUAUUGUUCUAGAUCAAUGCUUCUUUGUCUUUAAUUAGUCAUUAAAUGUUAAGAAAAUCGUAACUGUUUUAGUGUCAUUUAGGAUCUCUGUACAUGACACAAUGUAAAUUUCCAAAUAGCAAUUCCAAUACUGCCAUACUCUAAAAUCAUAGAGGCUUAUGAACUGGUGUGCCUUUGAAUAUAACUUGUUGGGCAUUGGAAACUUGCAUUGCCUGGUGUACAAGUGCCUAAUUAACAGUUAAUAAGCACCAACAACCUGCAUAGGUACACAGCCAUACUUAGUUACAAAACAGCAACAUUAACAUUUUACAAUGUAAAUAAAGGUUUGUGUCCUAGCAAUAACAAUUUCUCUAUAGUUUUAUUAUUGGACCAUUGAAUUCAUAGAUUUAUAUUAGCGAUUUUCACAUAGUGCCUUUGUAAUUAGAAUUUAUGGAGAUUGUGAUAAAACUGACAUAAUGUAAAAUAUAACAAUGAAAUCUGGUGUAUAUUAAUUUUGACCUUUUUACCCUACUGUCUUAAUCUGAGACGCGCAUGUUGUAUAUAAGUAGUUAUCGGGAUAUUGGCAGCACUUUUGUUAUUAACACAAUAAUUGGAAUAAAUUAUUUGGUGCUAUGUUA